AUGGCCGACGCUGUUGGGAACACAAACGCGAAGGUGAAGCUAAACAAGCUGAUCGUCGAGGAGCCGUACAAUGACGACAACAGUGUUGUGUCGCUGAACCCGAAGCGGAUGGAAGAGCUGAACAUCUUCCGCGGUGACACCGUUCUCGUGAAGGGCAAGAAGCACCGCAGCACCGUCUGCAUCGCGAUGGAGGACGACGAAUGCCCGCCGGAGAAAAUCAAGAUGAACAAAGUCGCGCGCCGUAACAUCCGCAUUCACCUCGGCGACACCAUUCGCAUCGUUCCCUGCAAGGAUGUUCCAUACGGAAACCGCGUGCACGUGCUGCCAAUCGAUGAUACGGUGGAGAACCUCACUGGUGACUUGUUCGAGAACUUCUUGAAGCCGUACUUUUUGGAGUCGUACCGGCCCGUGAAGAAGGGCGACUCCUUUGUCUGCCGUGGCGCUAUGCGUUCUGUGGAAUUCAAGGUAGUGGAGGUGGACCCGGGUGACUAUUGCAUCGUGUCACCGGACACGAUCAUUCACUCCGAGGGUGAUCCGAUCCAUCGUGAGGACGAGGAGGCGCUUGACGGAGUCGGCUACGACGACAUCGGCGGUUGCCGCAAGCAGCUGAACCAGAUCCGUGAGAUGGUCGAGCUCCCCAUUCGCCAUCCAGAGCUGUUCAAGAACAUUGGCAUCAAGCCCCCGCGUGGCAUCUUGCUUUACGGCCCUCCUGGGAGCGGCAAGACGCUCAUCGCGCGCGCUGUCGCAAACGAGACGGGCGCCUUUUUCUUCCUCAUCAAUGGUCCUGAGAUUAUGAGCAAGAUGGCUGGCGAGUCGGAGAGCAACCUGCGCAAGGCCUUCGAGGAGGCCGAGAAGAACGCGCCGGCGAUCAUCUUUAUAGACGAAAUUGACUCCAUCGCCCCGAAGCGUGAGAAAGCGCAGGGCGAGGUGGAGAAGCGUAUCGUUUCGCAACUUCUAACCCUCAUGGACGGCAUGAAAUCGCGCUCGCAGGUGAUCGUGAUGGCGGCGACCAACCGCCCGAACACCAUCGAUCCAGCCUUGCGCCGUUUUGGCCGCUUCGACCGCGAGCUCGACAUCGGCGUACCGGACGAGACUGGCCGCUUGGAGAUCAUUCGUAUCCACACCAAGAACAUGAAGCUGGCCGACGACAUUGAUCUGGAGAAGGUGGCAAAGGACUCGCACGGCUUUGUCGGCGCCGAUUUGGCGCAGCUCUGCACCGAGGCUGCCAUGCAGUGCAUUCGCGAGAAGCUGUCCGUCAUCGACUGGGAGGACGACACCAUCGAUGUUGAGGUGAUGAACGCGAUGUGUGUAACGCAGGAGCACUUUCGCGAGGCGAUGGCGAAGACGAACCCGUCCGCGCUGCGCGAGACACAGGUGGAAACGCCGAACGUCGUCUGGGAGGAUGUGGGCGGCCUCCUCGACGUCAAGCGCGAGCUGCAGGAGUUGGUGCAGUACCCCGUCGAGUACCCGUGGAAGUUUGAGAAGUACGGCAUGUCGCCGCCGAAGGGUGUCCUCUUCUACGGCCCACCCGGUUGCGGUAAGACGCUGCUGGCCAAGGCCAUUGCGACGGAGUGCCAGGCGAACUUCAUCUCCAUCAAAGGCCCGGAGCUUCUGACAAUGUGGUUCGGUGAAUCGGAGGCGAAUGUGCGCGACGUCUUUGACAAGGCUCGUGCUGCGGCCCCUUGCGUGCUCUUUUUCGAUGAACUGGACUCCGUGGCCAAGUCCCGGGGCGCCCACGGCGACGGAGGGGCGAGCGACCGCGUCAUCAACCAAAUCCUGACCGAGAUGGAUGGCAUGAACGUCAAGAAGAAUGUCUUCAUCAUUGGUGCGACGAACCGGCCAGACGUGCUGGACCCUGCGAUCAUGCGCCCUGGGCGUCUCGACCAGCUCAUCUACAUCCCAUUGCCCGACAAGGCGUCUCGUGUGGCCAUUAUCAAGGCGAGCUUCCGUAAGUCGCCGCUAGCCUCCGACGUCGAUGUGGACCAGAUUGCCGCCGCCACGCAUGGCUUCUCCGGCGCCGACUUGUCUGGCAUCUGCCAGCGCGCGUGCAAGAUGGCUAUCCGCGAGUCGAUCAACAAGGAAAUUCAGCUCGAGGAGCUGAAGAAGAGCGGACAGUUGGACGAAAACGCUGAUAUCGACCCGGUACCGGAGAUCACGCGCGCUCACGUGGAGGAGGCAAUGCGGGGUGCCCGCCGCUCCGUCUCUGACGCGGACAUUCGCCGCUACGAUAUGUUCAAGACCUCCUUGCAGCAGAGCCGCACCUUCGGUGCUAGUAACCCGCCCCCAGCGGAGGCCGGUGCGCCAGCUGGCAGCGGGGCGCCGCCGCCGCCUGCCGACGACGACGACCUCUACAGCUAA